GCUGUCAGGCAUCUGGGGCCGCGGGGCCAGCAGCCCUCCAAGGACUGCGGGGCCAGAGCGGCGCUGGGCUGCCCUGUCGCCGCCUCUGAGCUGUCCCGCGGGCCGGGCAUGGGCGCGGGCGCCGGUGCGGCACGAUGAGCACUGGGGGCAGCCCGGUCCGCGCCUAUGAUUUCCUGCUGAAGUUCCUGCUGGUGGGCGACAGCGACGUGGGCAAGGGCGAGAUACUGGCGAGCCUGCAGGACGGUGCGUCCGAGUCCCCGUACGGCCACCCCGCGGGCAUCGACUACAAGACCACCACCAUCCUGCUGGACGGCCGGCGGGUGAAACUGCAGCUCUGUUCAAAAACCUUGUUGUCAGGAAGCAGUGAUUUCUUCUUACAGACCUCCAACAUCUUUUCCAGGGAUACGUCGGGUCAGGGAAGAUUUUGUACCAUAUUCCGCUCCUACUCUCGGGGCGCACAGGGUGUGAUCCUGGUCUACGACAUCGCAAACCGCUGGUCCUUUGAUGGCAUCGACCGGUGGAUUAAGGAGAUCAAUGAGCAUGCCCCGGGGGUCCCUAAAAUCCUGGUGGGGAACCGCCUGCACCUGGCCUUCAAGCGGCAGGUCCCCACGGAACAGGCCCAGGCCUAUGCGGAGCGCCUGGGUGUGACAUUCUUCGAGGUCAGCCCACUGUGCAAUUUCAACAUCACCGAGUCCUUUAUGGAGCUGGCCAGGAUCGUGCUGCUGCGGCAUGGGAUGGACCGGCUCUGGAGGCCAAGCAAGGUACUGAGCUUGCAGGACCUGUGCUGCCGGGCAGUGGUGUCCUGCACGCCUGUGCACCUGGUGGACAGGCUGCCGCUGCCCACGGCCCUCACGAGCCACCUCAAGUCCUUCUCGAUGGCCAGCGGCCUGAAUGCCAGGGUGAUGCACGGCCGCCCCUGUUCCCUCGCCACCGGCUCUGGCCACAAGAGGACCAGCCUCCGAAAAGCGAAGACCUCCCACCUUCCCCAGAGCCCCCCCAAACACUGCACCAGAAACAGCUGCAAAGUCUCCUGAGGAGGGCGUGAGGCAGAGGGGUGGCACAGGGGGGAGGCAGGAGGCCGCUCUGGAUGCAGACACCCGCCAAUGUCACGGUGACCACGCGGCCCUGAGCAAUGAAACUGCGGCCGGUACCCUGCUUACCUGACAUGUCUACGUGGACAGGCGUGGCACUCUUGUUUCAGACGUGUGUUUAUAAAGGGACAACCUUCUCUCGGUAACAUGGAAUUUUGAAUGCUACUUAGAUCAUGAUUGCAGUGCAAUUUUUUUCUUAAAAUAACUGCUUUUUAUAAGAAUUGGUGAUAUGCGUGUGAUGAGUAUAAAUUCUAGAGAAUGAAAAGCAAGGAUGGAGAGAGAAAUUAGAGUCUUUGACGUUACGCAGGGACUUUUUAUAAACCUCCUUUUUAAUGUCAAAACACUAAUUUAUAAAAUGCCCCAGAUAAGUUAGAGAUUAGGCACAACAGAUCUGUCCAGCUUGUGUAUGAAACGGAUUUGAUCAAGUUUUUGUUAUGUUAUUUACUACGUUUGGGGAUUAAUAAGUGAUUUAUAUGCAUAUUUUUCUGUAAAUCUACAUUUUUUUGUACAAGAUGUUCCAUGAGUUAUGAAGCUAAGGGAAGAAAAUGCCAAAGAUAUCUCUAGUUACAGUGAACAUACCACAGCACGGUUACACCAGGUCCAGAUUGGCAAGAAAAUGUCACUCAAAGCCUGGAGUUUCAGCUAAGAGUGAAGUGAACACUGUUGUUUAAGAAAAUGUUUCUCAACAAUAAAAAGUAUACUUGCUUCUCGGUA